AUGUACACCAGAGACCUACUACGCGCGUACAAUAGUACGCUACUAGAGUACAAUAACAAAUCUGACAACAUUCGCCUCUACCUUCCACAUUUUGGUGUAUACCACCCUCAAAAACAAAAGGUUCGUGUAGUCCAUGACGCAGCAGCCAAGAAUGAAGGAGUCAGCCUGAACUCCUUAUUGCUAUCAGGUCCUGAUCUUCUUCAACCUCUGCUGAAAGUCCUGUUUCGCUUUAGGGAAUGUCGUGUGGGAAUAACCGCAGAUAUUAAAGAGAUGUUUCCCCAAGUGCGAGUAAGAGAGCAAGAUAGGGACGCUCUUCGAUUUCUGUGGAGACCCGAUAAAACGAUCGCUAUUAAGGAGUACAGAAUGACGUCUGUCAUCUUCGGCGCCUGCUGUAGGCCCUUUAUCGCGCAAUUUAUAAAAAACAAAAACGCUCUUGAACAUGCCGAUUUAUACCCGCUAGCUGUGGAUGCCAUCUUGUUUAACCACUACAUGGAUGACUAUAUUGACUCUCAAGAUGGCGUCGACGAAGCGGCUCAGUUAGCGGCAGACAUUGUUACCGUGCACAAUGCUGCCUGUUUCGAGAUGCGACGAUGGAUCUCUAACGCGCCAGAGGCCCUGAAACUUGUCCCUGAGGACCUUAGAGCCACUCAGCCGUUAGAAAUCGAUCUUGGGGAAUCCGCCAACAGCAUCCGAGCCCUAGGCAUAGCAUGGAACCCUACUUUAGACAUGUUAGGUUUUCGCACAGGUUUACUUGAAACUAGUUCACUAACAAAACGAAAAGUUCUAUCACAUGUCAUGCGCGUGUACGACCCAUUGGGUCUUUUAGGUCCUAUAGUUAUAAAGGGACGAAUUUUGUUCCAACAGACUUGGAGAUCUAACAUUGAUUGGGACACCGAACUCCCACAGACCGAAUCAUCUAAGUGGUUUGAUUGGUUCCAAGAACUUUUAAAAGUUUCUUCGUUGAAGAUCCCUCGUUGGUAUUCAAAAAUAAAAGGCUCGGAACCUUCAUAUCGAGAACUGCACGUUUAUGCGGAUGCGAGUGAGCUUGCCUACGCCUGUGUCGCAUAUUGGCGCUUAGUGUACCCUGACGGCAGCAUCGAGCUCAUUCUCAUCGCAAGUAAAACGAGGGUCUCCCCACUUAAACCUAUAUCUAUCCCGCGAUUGGAGUUACAAGCCGCUUUGAUAGCUUCUCGAUUAGCACUCGUUAUCAAGGACAGCCAUCGUAAAAAACCAACGCGUACAUAUUUUUGGACCGAAUCGAUGACUGUCCUCCAAUGGUUGCGUAGUGAUGCACGAGCAUUUAAGCCUUUUGUUGCCCACCGCCUAGGUGAAAUAUUAGAAAAUUCUGCUGUCAAAGACUGGCACUGGGUACCGACAGACUUAAAUGUGGCCGAUGACGCAACUAGACUUCGUCCAAUUGAUCUAACCCUUUCACAUCGGUGGUUUUUUGGCCCAUCAUUUAUUUUAAAGUCCCCCGAGAACUGGCCCACAGAGCCACUUAAUGUCACAUCAAAUCUCGAAGAACUUAAAUGCCAACCAAUUGAGUCGGUGGCGGUAACUUCAGUUAUUGACGUUUUGCCAAAUCCAGUCACAGCAAAUCCAGAAUAUUUUAAUGACUGGCUCCGUUUAUUGCGUGCCAAAGCUCGAGUACAUCAAGCUGUGGCAAUUUUCGGCAACAUUUUGGCCGCAAUUAUAAAUUCUAAAGUAAACAAUGGAGCGAUUCCUUCUCGCUCGCGUUGUUCAUCAACGUCCACCACUCACACACCCUUGAACGCAGACCUAAUAAAAGCCGCUGAAAGGCAUAUUUUGCAACGGAUUCAACUGGAUAGCUUUUCCGAAGAGUUCCACUGUAUUAUCAACUCAAAACCGAUUCCUUCAAAUAGCCGUCUCACCAAACCAUCACCCUCUCUGGGAGAAGAUAAUUUAAUUCACUUGGCUGGAAGGAUAAAAGCGGUAGAAGAUAUUGACCCAGAAACACGAUCUCCUAUAUUACUAGAUGGUCGUCACCCGAUCGCACAGUUGUUAGUACAAUUCUAUCACAGACGAGCAGGGCACGCCAACAAUGAAUACGUCAUUAAUGACAUAAGACAAAGAUUCUGGCUUCUGAGGCUUCGAGAUACAGUCAGAUCAGUCGCUCAUAAAUGCCUGUUUUGCAAGAUUCGUAAAUCGAAGCCUAUGAACCCGGCCACUGGAGACCUGCCACCUCAAAGGCUCGCACACCACCAGAGGGCAUUCACCUUUACCGGCUUAGAUUAUUUCGGCCCUGUCAAUGUCACAGUGGGUCGCCGCCAUGAAAAACGUUAUGUAGCCCUUUAUACAUGUCUCACAACACGGGCAUUACACCUGGAAUUGGUACACAGCCUUUCAUCUGACUCUGCCAUAAUGAGCUUGAGGCGGUUUAUUGCCCGAAGAGGUAUCCCUAAUACAAUUUACUCAGACAACGGGACCGCCUUCGUUGGAGCAGACCGCAUCCUACGCCAAUUCUACUCAGAUGGUAUUAAAGAAGAAGCAGCGACUAGAGGUAUCAGGUGGAGUUUUAUCCCCGCUGCUGCACCUUCGUUUGGAGGAUGCUGGGAGCGUUUGGUAAGAACAGUAAAGGUGGCGCUGAAAGCAACGCUUAACGAAAGGUAA